UAAAAUUACACAAGGACUUCAUGAAGGUGUUCCACGUUCUGAAAAGACGACACGUUCUUUCUCCAAUUAGCUGCCUGUUUCGUGGUCCCUUCCCUCGGGUUUUCAUUUCUCUUCGGGAGUUAGUAGCCAGUUCAGAGGGUGCUACCAGUGAACCAGCCACAUAUUUGCCCUUAGGCUCCUUCGAGAGUCCCAGGAUCUUGAGGAAAGGACCGAUUCUAAUGUCAGGCUCCACGACACCAGUUUCCUCUGUCGCCCCUGGCUCUGUAGACAAGUGGCUUCUCCUUUCUUGACUCUUCUUUCUCCAGUCUGAAAUAUAAGGCAGUCAUCACCUCUGCGGGUGCCAGAGGAGGUAGGAAGCUAUGUGCGUGAAUUCCCGGGUGCCAUGGCCAAGCACCACUAUCGGUGUCCCCACCAGCUGCUUCUGAGGCUUAGAAGUUGCCUUUGCAUCUUGUUUUGCUCCCAUCUUCCCCUUCCCCCAGUCAUGUGAUGCAGGAAGAGAGCGCAAAUGAUAUGGAAUGUGAGCAGCUGCCAGCAGAGACGCUGCGACAAGUGACCAUUCACCGGGACCCUAUAUAUGGCUUUGGCUUCGUGGCCGGCAGUGAGAGGCCCGUGGUGGUGCGAUCUGUGAGGCCAGGGGGCCCCUCUGAGGACAAGCUCCUGGCUGGUGACCAGAUUGUGGCUAUUAACGAGGAGAACGUGAGCGAAGCCCCCAGGGAGAGGUUCAUAGAACUUAUCAGGAGCGCUAAGGAAUUCAUCGUUCUUACAGUUCUGCACACUCAUCAGUCCCCCAAAUCUGCCUUCAUCAGUGCUGCGAAGAAGGCCAAGCUGAGAUCCAAUCCUGUGAAGGUCCGAUUUUCCGAGCAGGUGGCGGUUGGAGAAACACAUGCAAAAAUGAUGAAGAAAGAAGCUCUUCUCCUCAUCCCCAACGUCCUGAAGGUUUUCUUAGAAAACGGGCAGAUCAAGUCGUUCACAUUUGAUGGCCGGACCACUGUUAAGGAUGUGAUGGUGACAUUACAGGACCGGCUUUCCCUGAGGUACAUUGAGCACUUUGCUCUUGUCCUUGAGUACGCUGGACCAGAACAGAACCACAAGUUCCUGCUUCUCCAGGACAAGCAGCCCCUGGCUUAUGUAGUGCAGCGGACACACUAUCAAGGAAUGAAAUGCCUCUUCCGGAUAAGCUUCUUUCCCAAAGACCCCGUGGAGCUGCUACGUCGGGAUCCUGCUGCUUUCGAGUACCUGUACAUCCAGAGUCGGAACGAUGUCAUCCGAGAACGCUUUGGAAUGGACCCCAAGCCGGAGAUGCUUUUGGGCCUCGCUGCCCUCCACAUCUAUAUCACGGUCUCAGCCACUCGACCUAGUCAGAAGAUCUCGCUCAAGAAUGUGGAGAAGGAGUGGGGCCUGGAACCCUUUCUGCCCCCCUCCCUCCUACAGGGCAUCAAAGAAAAGAACCUCCGGAAAUCUCUCUCUCAGCAGCUGAAGGCCCACCAAACACAUCCUUCCAGCGGCACCAAGGGCUCUGCAAUUCAGGCCAAACUCCAGUAUCUUCGAAUUCUGAAUGAACUUCCGACGUUCACGGGCGUUUUGUUCAACACUGUGGGCCUGGAUGAGAAGCAGUCGGCCACCACCCUCCUGGUGGGACCCCGUCACGGCAUCAGCCAUGUUAUUGACCUCAAAACCAACCUCACCACUGUGCUGUCCGAGUUCAGCAAGAUCAGCAAGAUCCAGCUGUUCCGGGAGAACCAGGGCGUGGCCCGGGUGGAGACCAGCAUCAUGGAUGCCAAGCCUCUGGUGCUGUUGAUGGAGUGGCCUGAAGCCACCAACUUUGCCUGCCUGAUUUCGGGGUACUGCCGCCUCCUGCUGGAUUCCAGGAAGAUGGUGUUCUCCAGGCCCACCAGCCAGCCUCUUCCACCUCCAAUGAUCAAGGCAGAUUACAUGCACAGCGCCCACCGCCCUGUCACUGGGGGCCACCUGGGGAAAAAGGAGAGUAGUUAUGUGGGCAGCGUGGGCACCAGCCCCAGGAAGUCGAGCCGCUGCACACCCCCACCUGCCGACUCUGAGCUUGUCAGCUUUUGCUACCUCCACAUGCGGGAACAAAGGAAGGAGCCAGAAAGCCGGACUGAUGUCAACGAGAACUUAAUCUUCUUUGAGGAGACCAGGCCCCGGACCAAGUCGGAUCCCACGUCCAAAAGCUCUGGCCAGGGUUACGAUGUGAUCCCCGACGACUUUGAUGCAGCUAGCCUAGACCACGAGCCUUGUGCCAGCAGGGCCCGGUCCUACACUUUGGACAAUUCCCUUGGGGCCGAAGCCCUGAAUUUCUACUGUGACUCUUGCAAAGCCAAACUCCAGGAGCAGCUGGGCCCUCGCAAAGGCGGGAGGCCCGGCUCCUCUCGUGACAACAUGGUAGACCUGAUGUCCCUCCCGCCCCCUGGGAGUGAGGAAGAGGAAGAAGAGGAAGAUGAGAGCACUUCGCUGCUGCCUGCCAUUGCUGCGCCACCUCCUGGUUUCCGAGACAACAGCUCUGAUGAGGACGACCCCAAGCGCCGGGCCGUCCAGAGCCAGGAACAAGGACGCCACCUACGUGGGCUCCUGUAUGAUGAGAUUCCAGUGACACUGAUUGACAGCGUGCAGACCCGGACAGUCCGAGAUCAUGCCCAGGAGCUAGAUGAUGCCCUGGUGUCCACUCUGCAGGCUCUGGAAGCCCUGGCAGCCUCAGAGGAUGGACCACACCCCCCACCCCCACAGACUGCAGGUCUGAUUGUGCUGGCCACAAUCACCCCCGAAUCGUCUCUGGACUCGGGCCAUGAGACCAACUCUUCAGAGCUCACAGACAUGUCAGAGAUGAUGUCAGCCAUGAAGCAGCACCAGAAUACUACCUACUUCCUGGCCCAGCACCUCAACAAGGACAGUCUCCUGGCCCGCAAGGACCUGCCCUUCCGGAUCCAGAGCUGCGCAGCCCAGGCUGUUCUCACGGCCCCUUACUCUCUCGGGCGCCCGGAUCCCAACCCGUCCCUCCAGCCAGCUGUCACAGGCCAGAGUCCUGGCCCCCCUGGCGCUCGGAGGAAGCUGCCCCCGUCGGAGGUCCAGCCCCAGCGCGAGCGAACCUACGCCCUGGCCGUGCACCCCGCGCUGUCCCCGCAGCUGAGCGAGCAGAAGAAUCUGAGCCUGCUGUCCCCAGUUCCUGAGGACAAAGGCCCUGGUCACACUAGGGCAGGCCUAGAGAUGUCACUGAGGGCCGCCACACCGUCCCUCAGUGAAGAGCAGGUCUCUGAGCUAAGGGAGAGCCUGCCCAAGGAGGUCAGGUUGAGCCCCAAGCUUAUCCUGGACCCCAAGGGCAGCGUGACCCCAGCCAUCAUCUCGGCCGCCCUACAGCAAGUGGUUCACACUAAGGGUCUACCCGCCCCUGGCAGGGCCUUGGGGAAUGCCCCGAGCGGUGCGGAGAGAAGGCUGGAGGCCAGCAUGGGGAGGCCAGAAGUGAGCAUGAUGAGCGGCAGUGCCAAUAAGAAUCUGAAGUUCAAAAUGAGCCCCGGUGCCCCGGACACCUCCCGGAAUUCCCAGCAGCAGCUGAGCCCGGAGGUCUCUUCCGGCUCCAGAGCACCCACAGGCAGCCGAGCUGAUGGCCUGCACCUCGCCCCGCAAGAGGACAGGCUGCCUGUUCAAAGCUUCCCUCCCAAAAGCUAUCUGUCUCGAGCGAGUCGAGAGUCGGUGGGCAAGCAAGGUACCGGGGAGGCAGCAGGCAAGGGCGGGCCCGAGGGCUCUAAGCCGUCCUUGUACAAGCAGGGCACCGUGUCCGGCCAGGGGGAGAAGGGGCCGCUGGAGAGCACCCUCCAGAGCAGCAAGCUUGAGGAGACCAGCCUGGUCCCCCGAGCCGGCUACCCCAUGGUUCUGCAGAGCCCCAGCUGCCAGGCGCGAGGCCACAGCCCCAGCAGCCAUUCUCGAGGCCAGAGCCCCAGCUGCCAGGCGCGAGGCCACAGCCCACUGAGGCCUCAGGCCACCAGCCGGCAGGUGAGCACCAUGCCCUCUAGGAAGAUCGAAACAAUCCUGGACGGAGCCCACUCGGCCUCCGAAGGCCCCACCAAGCCCAAAUCAUCCCGGGGUCCUUUCCGGCUCCGCAACUUAUUCUCUGCCACCUUCCCGACCCGCCAGAAGAAGGAGACUGAUGAGCGUCAGGCCCAGCUGCAGAAGGUGAAGCAGUACGAGCUGGAGUUCCUCGAGGAACUUCUCAAGCCACCAAGCCAGGGGGAGCUACCGGGCGCCGAGUACCUGCAACCCCCGGCGCCAGGCCGCUGCAGCUGCCAGGUCCGCAGCAGUCCCGUGCAGCAAGGGCCUGGCAUGUCCCGUGAGCAGAGGCGCAGCUGCGACUGCAAGCGCAUGUGCCGGGGGGGCCGGCCUCAGGCCCCCCAGACGCCGGUGCCCAGUCUCCGAGGGAGGGAGAGGGACAGGGUCCCCCCUACCCAGAGGCAGCCAGAGGCCGGCCCAGGCUUGAGCCUCGGCAGCCCCACCGGUGUCCGGCGCAUCCGCUCCACCAGCCUGGAAUCCCGAGAGUGCCGAUCAGACCCUGAGAGCGGCAUCUCGUGCCUGACCACGUGUGCCUCAGGGGGCGAAUGUCUGGGAGCUCCCAACUACAGGAAGCUGAUGCGGCGCUACAGCAUCAGUGAGCUGGACCAGGGCGACAGGGCCUCGCUGACCUCGGACGUCUAUCCGCACCCACCCCUGGGCAUGCUGCCCAGGGAGGCCAAGGAGGUAGAGGCAGGCCUCCCCCUGGGCGUGGUUCCCAAAAGCAAGUCGCUCGAGUCACCCACUCUGGGAGACCCCUCCUAUGUCCACGUCGCCCCUGAGACCAAAGGCCCCAGACAGAUGGCCGUGUUCUCACUGCCAGAAGAGGUGUACCGGAAGCCCGCCGAGCUGGACGAGGACAGUGAGAGCGGCAAGUGCUGCUCCAUCCGCUACUGCUUCUACUACCGCAAGUGCGACAUGGCAGACGACGCCAGCGACGGCAAGGAUGAGCUCUCCUACUCCAUCCCCAUGAAGAUCCUGCCCGGCAUGAAGCUGGACGAGCAGGUGGUGCCCGUGGUGAGCAGGACCCUGCAGGUGCUGGAUGCCGCCACCUGCAGCAGCAGCAGCCCUGAGGCCUCCCGCACCCAGGAGAUCGACCUGCGGGUGUCCACCUUCGAGGGGAGCCUGGCCAGGAUCAACGCCCUGCGGGCCCAUGCCUACGGCCUGCCUGAUGGCUUCCUGGCUGCCCGGCUGGACACCAACGAGCUGCUGACGGUCCUGCGGCAGUGCGUGGCCAGCCCGGAGGCCCGGGCCCCGAAGCCCUAUGUCUCCCAGAUCUCCGAGUACAAGCUCGAGCUGGCUCUCAAGUUCAAGGAGCUCCGGGCCUCCUGUCGCCGCGUGGCCAAUGUGGACAAGAGCCCCACUCACAUGCUGGCGGCCAUCACGGGCAGCUUCCAGGUGCUGAGCAGCCUCAUUGAGACCUUCGUGCGGCUGGUGUUCAUCGUGCGCUCCGAGGCCCAGCGCCAGGAGCUGCUGGCCAAGGUGGAAGAGGUGGUCAGGAACUACACCUUCCUGCUGCGUGCGGCCGAGGAGUCCACCGCCCGGAACCUUAACCAGCAGCAGCAGCAGCAGCAGCAGCAGCAGCAACCGCAGCCGCAACCGCAACCGCAGGCAGCAGCAGCUGUAGGGGCGGCCGCGGGGCACCCGCCAGGCUCCCCAACUUCGGCGACUGUUAUGAGCACAUUCACCCGCUCCUUAAAAACCCUCAUGAAGUAGGGCAUCUGCCCAGACCGGCCCCUUCCCCCCUCUUCCCCCCACCACGGCCCCAGGUUUGAGCUUUGUGGUCUGUGCAUCUUGUGGUGAGUGUCUGUGUCUGCUGGGCCAGUCCGGGUCCCAGGAGCCUUCCGUCUCCAGGGAGUGCCAGCUCCCUGGACUGAGGCUGUCCCUGAGGGCGCCAGGCAGCUGCCAUCCUGGGUAUCCGCGCCCCUUCCCUAGCCUCUGGGCGUCACUGUGAGGGCCACGGCCCCCCCCACCCCCACCCCCCGCCCCCCGUCACCACGCCCGCCGCAGAGCUGUAUUUUCUCUCUUCUCUAGGGCUGAGACAUCGGGCUCACUUCCUGCUCCACUGUGAGGGCCGGAGGGAGGUGGACCUGAGACAGGAGGCCUGUGGGCCUCACGCGCCUCCUGGCAUCUAUGCGUUCCCCUCCAGGGAGCAGCGGCGGUAGCAGCAGGCCACGGCGCGCGCCGAGCGAGCGAAGGGGAGAGGGCGCGCGGCCCCGAUGUGCCCGCCCACCCUGGGCUCACACUCACUCGGCAGGAGCCACCCCAAGAGGGCCCCGUGCCCCAGGUGGUAGGUCCUCCGCAGAAAACAGCCACAUGGGGCUGUUCGCAGCCGGCCCGAUCGGCUGGCCGCCUCGGGAGCGCUCGCCCCCAGGCCCAGUAGCUCCACACCAGCCAUCCCCAAAGUGCCCCGCCUCUCACCGAGGGGCAGGGCGGCUCAGCCCACUAGGGAGCAAGCCUCCGGGAAUCACCCCGCUCGCUCGUUCUGGGUAAGGUACCUGGUGAACCCGUCUGCCCUGGGGAGACCCAGCGCAGGCCCCGGAGCCCGCCUGGCCCAGCCCUGCCCAGCGCAGGGGCUGCCGCUGCCGGCGCGUGCGGCUCCUCUCAACAUCUCUCUACCAGACAGACUGUCCUUAGGAGGCCAACGUAGCUACAGAUUGGGGGUGGGGGGUGGGGGGUGGGGGGAAGGGGGUCGGGGUGGGGGGUGUUGAUGACUAUAUCUUAAACUUCUGGAAGCUAGCGUGAUAUGUUAAUCCUGAGUAUACGCUUUUGGCUGUGUAUUGACCCUGUGGAUUUGUCUCUCUAAGAAAAGAAGCUGAGCGCCUUACCCGGUGCAGUCCUGCACCUCUCUCUCUCUCUCUCUCUCUCUCUCUCUCUCUCUCUCUCUCUCUCUCUCUCUGUCUCUCCUCGGAGUCAUCUGGAAAGGAGUUCACACUGUCUAGCAUCCUCCUUGACACACAUCUGCAGCCGUCAUCGUCCCCCCUACGACGUUCCUGGGAGUGAAGACACGGAGUCCCUACUAACGGUCCCAUUGUAGGGAACAAAGAAAGCCAAUGUUUCUUCUGUAUAGAUUGAUCCUCGUCCACCCCUCCACACCUGCCCAUUUGCCACAUGCUCGUGCCCGGUGUCUGCCCUCUCUUUCAUCAUUCUGUGAGAGGCCCAUGUGAAAUCCCCCAUUCUUAUGUGAGUUUUAUAACGAUGUACACUGUGCUUAACCCCCACCCAUCCUUGGUUCCCUCCCACCCACCCCCACCCCCCUCGCCCCCGCCGUGCGAUAAAGGAAGGAUUAGAGGAGCUCCUUCUGCAGAAGCCAGCCCCACCCCCACCCACCGCCACCCCCACCCCGCUUCCUAGCCUCUCCUCCCACAGGACCAAGUUGUUGAAUGGGCCAGAGAUGCAGCCAGUGGGGAACCCUUGACCCCGUGACCACCGCGAGCCUGCGUGCUGACGUGGUCCUCCUCUUCUGCCAGCUCCUUGAUCCUGCCCCAUCACCACUCAGGUGACCCCGCCUGUGUCAUUCAUUCCACCGCCAUCCUUCACCUCUCCCUCAGCCUCAUGGAGAGGACACAUUUUCUAAUGUCUGUAUAUAGUAUAUAUACUACAUAAAAUAUAUAAAUUCUAUAUAUAUACACUAAUUUAUGUCUUGUUUUUCAAACAAGAAUGAUUAAAUCUAUUCAUCUUACU